AUGGAGGUCGCCCUGACUGGCCUCUGCACCGUCCUGCUCUGCUGCGGCCCCAUGCUGGUCGGCUGCCGCCGGGGCAGCUCAGCCACCUUCUUCUGCAACAUCUCCACGGAGAAUGGCUCCAGCUCAGAGUACAGCCUCAACUGGUACAAAGAGACCAACCACAGCCAAGCCCAAAAAAUUGCUGAGAUCAGCCGGAACAACCUCCAGACGAAGAUGGAGAAGUACCUGCUCACCAAUCACACUCCUGCAUUCAAGAUCGAGAUCCUGAACCUUCACCAGAAUGACUCGGGCUCCUACUACUGUGGGCUGAUCGCCUUCUUUGAACCAGAUAAAGUGAUGGAGAGCAACCGGUCCCACCUGGUUGUCACAGCAGCCCCUGAGAAGACAAACACCACUGAUGAGCCCGAGAUGGAGGAAGGCAAUCCCCUGGACCAUAUCAAGGCUGUGCUCCUGGGCAUCCUGCUGUUUACUGGGGCAGUUGUGCUGCUGAUCUUUGGCUACCUCACCAUCACGUACAGGAGAGGAGAUGUGCAGAAACCACCAAGUGAAAACACGCCAGUGAAGGAAGAGAAGCCCCCUGUGGUGUCUGUGUCCACUGUGGACUAUGGUGUGCUGGAGUUUCAGUGGGACCAGUGCACCCAGGUGCCCCCUGAGACCCGACCGGUUGACCAGACUGAAUACGCCACCAUCAUCUUCCCAGAGGAGAAACCCAUUACACCGGACCAGGGGAAGAAACACCUGGAUGAGAGGACUCGGCAGCUGCAUUUGCAGCCCUGCUGA